AUGCCGCCGAAGAAAGCCGCAGGAUCGGGACCUUCAAAGAAGGCUGCGGUGAAGCAGAAGGAGAAGGUGUUGGAGAAUAAGACCUUUGGGUUGAAGAACAAGAAGAAGAGCAAGAAUGUACAAAAGUACAUCCAGGAGGUCACCAAGCAAGUCGCGGGCGGCACUACUCGUGCUGACCGCAUGAAGGAGCAGGAGGCCAAGCGAAAAAAAGAUGCAAAGGCAGAGCAGGAGAACCUUAAGAGUCUAUUCGCAGCUUCCAUUAGGCAGCCCGCUCUUCCUCCUGGAACGGACCCAAAGUCGGUGCUCUGUGCUUUUUUCAAGGCUGGCGUAUGCACUAAGGGAGUCCGGUGCAAAUUCUCGCAUGACUUGAUGGUAGGCAAGAAAGCCGCUAAAAUCGAUUUGUAUACAGACAACCGUACUGAGAAGGAAGCAGAUCAAAUUGACACUUGGGAUCAGGACAAACUGGAAGAAGUGGUGAAUGAGAAGCACCACGAGAAAAACGCGAAACAGACGGAAAUCGUUUGCAAACACUUUUUGGACGCAAUUGAAAAGUCGUUGUACGGUUGGUUCUGGGUGUGUCCAAACGGCGGCACUUCUUGCAAGUACCGUCACGCACUUCCUGUUGGGUAUGUGUUCAAGUCGAAGAAGGACCGUGAGCUGGAAAAGGGCAACAAGGUGGUGGAGGUCUCGAUUGAAGAAAUCAUUGAGCAGCAGCGUGCCAAGUUAGGGCCCAACGGGGGCACUCCUGUCACGGAAGAGUCACUCGCGAAGUGGAAGGCUGAUAAGCUGACGCGUAAGAAGACCGAGGAAGCAAAGCGGCUAAAAGAGCAAGCGAAGCGGACGGGCGGUCGCGGCGUCAUGAGUGGUCGUGCGUUGUUCACGUACGACCCGACUUUAUUCCGCGACGACGCGGAUGCAGAUGAUGAAGCGUACUCAGUUCACAGUGAUGAAGAGGACGAUAACAACGAGGUCCCUGCCGUUGAUGCGGCAGCAGCUGUGAUGGACAAGAGUUUGUAUUUGCAAGACGUGGACGAUCUUGACUCGCUGAAGAAGUGA